AGCAGUUGGGGGAGCUACCCGUUCUCAACGCAACUAAACCAAAACUCUCUCACCCAUCAAAUCCAUUACACUACCACAACUCUGCCACUCUCUCUCUCUCUCUCUCACUCUCUCUCUCCUCUUUCAAUAUCAAAAGCAUCAAAAAAGAAAGCGUGCAUUCAAAAAUCAAAACCAAAUCCCGAUACCGAAAUAAAAUAUUUCAAGUUAGAUGCAAACAAAAACAGAGACAAAUAUAAAGGCCGUUGCUUUGCGCGUUUGAGAGGCUUGUGGGUGUUGGAAUUUAAACAAUGUGGAACGUGUUAAGAGGCAACAACAUGCUCCUUUCAUUGCUCUUGUUUUCAUGGCUGGCUUCUGCAGCUACUGCCUCUGUGAGCUAUGACCACAAAGCUAUAAUAAUUAAUGGGCAGAAGAGAAUUCUCAUCUCUGGCUCCAUUCAUUAUCCCAGAAGCACACCUGAGAUGUGGCCUGAUUUAAUACAGAAGUCCAAAGAUGGAGGCUUGGAUGUUAUUCAGACCUAUGUGUUUUGGAAUGGGCAUGAGCCUUCUCCAGGAAAAUAUUAUUUUGAGGACAGAUAUGAUUUGGUCAAGUUCAUCAAGCUGGUACACCAAGCAGGCCUAUAUGUUAAUCUCCGGAUUGGCCCUUAUGUGUGCGCUGAAUGGAACUUCGGGGGAUUCCCCGUUUGGCUUAAAUAUGUUCCCGGAAUUGUUUUUAGAACUGACAAUGAGCCUUUCAAGGCGGCAAUGCAAAAAUUUACGGAGAAGAUUGUCAGCAUGAUGAAGGCAGAACAGCUGUUUCAAAGUCAGGGAGGUCCUAUAAUUCUAUCUCAGAUAGAAAAUGAAUUUGGACCAGUAGAGUGGGAAAUUGGUGCCCCUGGUAAAGCUUAUACCAAAUGGGCAGCUCGGAUGGCUGUGGGUCUCAACACUGGAGUGCCAUGGAUUAUGUGUAAGCAAGAAGAUGCCCCUGAUCCAGUUAUCGAUACCUGCAAUGGUUUCUACUGUGAAAAUUUCACUCCAAACAAGAACUACAAACCCAAAAUGUGGACAGAAGUCUGGACUGGCUGGUAUACAGAAUUUGGUGGGGCAGUUCCCACUAGACCUGCGGAAGACUUGGCAUUUUCAAUUGCAAGGUUUAUACAGAAGGGUGGUUCUUUUGUGAACUAUUACAUGUACCAUGGAGGAACGAAUUUCGGCCGAACAGCUGGAGGUCCUUUCAUGGCCACCAGCUAUGACUACGACGCCCCUUUAGACGAAUACGGACUACCAAGGGAACCAAAGUGGGGACAUUUGAGAGAUCUACAUAAAGCCAUCAAGUCAUCCGAGUCAGCUUUAGUGUCUGCAGAACCUUCAGUGACAUCACUUGGAAAUAGUCAAGAGGCUCAUGUGUUCAAGUCGAAGUCUGGGUGUGCUGCAUUCCUUGCAAAUUAUGACACAAAGUCCUCUGCUAAAGUUAGCUUUGGAAAUGGGCAAUAUGAACUGCCACCAUGGUCCAUCAGCAUUCUCCCUGACUGCAAAACUGCAGUUUACAACACUGCAAGGCUUGGUUCCCAAAGCUCGCAGAUGAAGAUGACACCAGUAAAAUCUGCACUUCCUUGGCAGUCAUUCAUCGAAGAAAGUGCCUCUGAUGAAUCUGAUACAACUACGUUGGACGGGUUGUGGGAACAAAUAAAUGUCACUAGGGAUACUACAGACUACUUGUGGUACAUGACAGAUAUCACAAUCAGUCCUGAUGAAGGAUUUAUAAAGAGAGGAGAGUCACCUCUUCUUACCAUCUAUUCAGCUGGUCAUGCCUUGCAUGUUUUCAUCAAUGGUCAGCUAUCAGGAACCGUGUAUGGGGCAUUGGAGAAUCCUAAAUUAACAUUUAGUCAAAACGUGAAGCUGAGAUCCGGCAUCAAUAAGCUUGCUUUACUUAGCAUUUCAGUGGGUCUUCCGAAUGUUGGUCUUCACUUUGAGACAUGGAAUGCUGGAGUUCUGGGCCCGGUCACAUUGAAGGGUCUGAAUUCAGGAACAUGGGACAUGUCACGAUGGAAAUGGACCUACAAGGUUGGUCUCAAAGGUGAAGCUUUAGGUCUUCAUACUGUCAGUGGGAGUUCUUCUGUUGAAUGGGCAGAAGGACCGUCAAUGGCUCAAAAGCAACCUCUUACCUGGUACAAGGCCACUUUUAAUGCACCCCCAGGUAAUGGCCCAUUAGCUUUGGAUAUGAGUAGCAUGGGAAAAGGUCAGAUAUGGAUCAAUGGACAGAGCAUUGGACGCCACUGGCCUGCAUAUACAGCACGGGGUAAUUGUGGCAAUUGCUAUUAUGCUGGAACUUACGACGACAAGAAAUGCAGAACACAUUGUGGGGAGCCCUCUCAGAGAUGGUAUCAUGUUCCGCGGUCGUGGUUAACCCCGAGUGAGAAUCUAUUGGUAGUGUUUGAAGAAUGGGGCGGUGAUCCGACUAAAAUAUCUUUGGUGGAAAGAAGAACAUCAAGUGUCUGUGCUGAUAUAUUUGAAGGGCAACCAACAUUGACAAACUCUCAAAAGUUAGCCUCUGGCAAACUCAACAGACCAAAAGCCCAUUUAUGGUGUCCACCUGGUCAGGUCAUCUCUGAUAUUAAGUUUGCUAGCUAUGGGUUGCCACAAGGGACGUGUGGAAGCUUCCAAGAAGGGAGCUGCCAUGCCCACAAGUCGUAUGAUGCUCCUAAAAGGAACUGCAUUGGAAAGCAAUCCUGCUCAGUGACUGUGGCUCCAGAAGUUUUUGGAGGAGAUCCUUGUCCGGGCAGUACGAAGAAGCUCUCGGUUGAGGCUGUUUGCAGCUAAGACCCAGUGGCUCUGUAGAUUACUACAUAUAUGAAGUCCAGAUUAGUUCUAUCUUUACCAGAUAAGAAUUUCAUUGCCAUCUUAGUGAUUGUGUACAUAGCCAAGAAAAGCUCUCCCUCUCCACAUGAUAUGAUACACCUAGGAGGACUACGUACAAAGUUUGUGGUCCUCAGAUUUGCGCAAGCAUUUCCAAAUGUAUGUAACAACAGCUUAUGGAAAAGCGAUGCGAUGUAAUUCCUUUACCUUUACAAGAAUAAAUUGAGAAUAAAUAGAUAUUACUUUUUAUC